GCUAUCGACAACCCUCCACGUAUACCGUCCCGCGCCGCGCCCAAGUUCCGCAGCAGGCCUUUGCAUUAAAGAGACUCCCUCUCGAUUUCAGUCCCGGACCCACGUACACACGUACACCGAAUACUUGCCCCCCCCUCUUCGACACGUAUCCGCCAUGUCAUCGCCGACGACACCGUUCGCGAGCACGAGCGCCAUCGCCAUCCCCGCCUCGCCCGCGCCCUCCUCGUCCGACGACGGCCACCCGUCCGGCCCCGCCCGCAAGCGGCCGCGCACGGAGAUGACCGCCGAGGAGCGCCGGGAAGCCCGCGCGCACCGCAACCGCAUCGCGGCCCAGAACUCGCGCGACCGCCGCAAGGCCGAGUUCGCCCUGCUCAACCAGCGCGUCGCCGAGCUCGAGGAAGAGAACCGUCAGCUGCGCGCGGGCAUGGGAUUGGCACCGUCGUCGCGACAGGCGGACCACCACGAACGGGCAAAGUGGGAAAGGGAGAAUGAGGAGCUGAAGGAGAGAAUCAAGAGUCUCGAGCAAGGCUGGGACACCAUCGUCCGGGCGCUCGCCGCCCAGGGUCUCCCCACAGGCUUACCCCUGACCGCACCCUCGUCAACACAACCAUCCACCAUCAAGUCGGAGGAGGCAUCGACUUGCCCCUCGACCUCCUUCCCCGUCCUCCCUGGUCUCCGAGGAAUCCGAAUCCGCUCGCCACCUAGCACGGGUGGCGUCUCCCGAGCACCCUCCUCACUCGGAAGCCCUGCAGCGGGCGGCCUCGCGAUCCCCUCUUCCGACCAGGACCUCGGCCUUUCCGCCGGCGCCCACCCCUUCGCGGCGCCGGCCCCCUACGACGAGACGGUCCCCGACGAGGCGGCGAUGGAAGAUCUCCUCCGCGAGAUCCUCGCCCCCUCCCCCUCAGUUGGCCCGUCGCCUCUGCCUACUCCUGAAGCGGAGGCUCCCCCCGCCGCGUUCCCAGCGGAAGUAGCUACCGAGCCGUACGCCAGCGAAUGGGACUGGGACGCGCGCGACAAGAACCAGGAGGAGGAGAUGCAGCGGCUGCUCGACAUGCUCCCCGCGUUCCACCAUGCGCAAGCCGAGGCGGCCCCGUCCCUCGGGCUCGACCUCGGCGGGUUCGACUUUGUGUCGACGUCGACUGUCGGCGUGUUCUAA